CGCUGUUUGAACCGUGAUGAUUAGAUAAGGCUCCGGUUCAUAGUACGUUUGAGAUGCAAAUUUCAUAAGAGACCGGGAUGAUCGAGACCCAGCCUCAGUUAAAGCUCUGUAUGCAGAUAUAACGGACGAAAUCGCCAAGUUCUCCGUGAUCUGCUGCAUUGUGUAUGUUACGGCAUCCCGGAUCGCUUCUCUCGCUAUCGGUGAGAAUCGCAUUCACGACAAAAGUCAUCCAUCCAAAAGUACCCGAGAUAGUACGAAAAAAUUGAUUCUUCACAAGGAAAUUCAUCUCUUCUAUCUCGUAUCAUCUAUAUCUUUUUUUUCUUCGCUGAAAUAACCAACCAGUUAUUUCUUAAGAUUUGAAGAGGGGUCUUUAAAGCGAAAUCGGACGGAAGGAAAAAGAUGCCUGCCUGCUCGAGCGAGAAUCCCUCAACAUUAUGGUCAACCAGUCCGCCGAUGUCGCGAAGUAACAGCGUGUCGCCAUCGCUGGUACCCGAUUCACCGUUGUCCACGUCGCCUCCUCGGAUGUCGUCGCCCGUGUCCAUGUUGAAACGUUCGACAUCGAAUGUAUUCAUUUCGACGUCCAACGCGCCGGCUAGCUUCUCUCGGGUGUCAUCAACCUCGAGUUUGUCAACGGUGACUAACUCCCAGAGACGACAGCAGCAACAUCAACAGCAGCAGCUGACGACCCAUCAAGAUCGGAGUAACAUCGAGCGACAGAGCAGCUCUUUGCUGUCCUGGAUCCUAUCCUGGUACUUUGGUUUGUUGUCGAGCUUUUUUCGGGGUAUCUUCAACACCAUCGGUUACGUGAUCUGGGCGCCCGCUCUAUGGGCAUCAGCCUGGGUCUGCCUGUUCUGGGUGAUUCUGCAACUUCCGCUCACCGCUCUCAAAUGGUUCAUCACUGUGCUGCACACUCCGGCGUACGAGAGAUCGCGCAAUAAACGAUGUGUGCUCAUCAGUGGCGGUAACACGGUGCAAGCAGUACAUCUGGCGCGUAACUUUUACAAGGCGGGCGCUCGGGUAGUGGUAUGUGAACUCGACGGUCUUUUUUGCUUGGCUAGAUUCUCCAUCGCUUGUUCUAAAUUUUACACGAUACCGCGGCCCGGACCUGGCAAUGUUGUCGAAUAUAUAAAAGCAUUGCGAGACAUAGCUCAACGCGAGAGGGUAGCUUACUACAUACCAGUAAGCGCCGCCAGUACCGCUUAUUACGAUGCGCUAGCGAAGCCGUAUCUUGAGACCAUGGGCUGCGAGUGCUUCGUGCCCGACGCCAGCGAGGUAACCGCGCUGGACGAUCCAUUAGAAUUCCUGCGACGUUGUCGCCUGCUCGGUCUUCCGAUUCCGCAGCACUUUCUGUUGCGAUCGCAGCAUGACCUGUUCGCGCUCUACGAGCGAAACGCGUUUCGUACCGGUAGGUACAUGAUGCUGGCCGCCGGUCCCGUCGGGAUGCGCGACCGAGCCAAGAUUUUGUUACCGCCUACCAUUCAAGAGUUGAGAAACCAACGACAGAACGAGAUCAGCGACAGGCGACCCUGGGUGGUAAUCCAUGAUCCCGGCGAUCAUUUCAUCACUUGCACCACGUUGAAGGAGUCGCGAAUCGUGGCCAACGUGACAUGCCGGGUGGACGAGGCUCGGGGUGGACUCAUACCUGAGGAACGUCCCGAAAUCAUACGAUGGCUUGAACGAUUCUUUUCGCGUUCCUUUGGUGGCAGAAUCAACGGUCAUGUGAGUUUCCAGCUGGCGAUGUCGGAGAAGACGGGCGAAUUAGUCUCCAUAGGUUGUCGCGUGGGCGUGGGUCUGCCCUACAUCUGUCAUACAGGAAUACAUCCACGCCUGGUGUGGAAACCCUGCCGGCAUUUUUCCAGGCAGAACUCAACGGUUAGGUCGGCCACAUUGGACAGGCAAUCGCUGUCCGACGCCGUGACCAGCGUCCUCAAACAACCGGUGGCCGGGGACCAGACGGCGCCCCAUCUCCUGGGCACGGUACUGGACAAGAAAGAGUCCCUCUUCGUAUACUGGGAUCCUUUACCCUAUUGCGCCUAUUAUCAUCUUCAAUUGCCUUUCAGACGCGUCGCUGAAGCUAUUAGAUCGCAGCAUAAUCCACCCCUAGCGGUGGUACAAUAGAGUUUUAACAUUGAGCUUAUAUUAAACAGUGCUGAACAAGUGCGACAGAAGUUCUCUUCGUGUCUUAGAGAUUCCCUGCGAAUUGCGUCUGAAUCUUUGCAGCAUUUAUCGUAUCUCCGAGAAGAAAUGAAUGUGCCAAAGAGAGAUCCGAGGACGAAAAAAUCCCGGACGUGUCUGUACUUAUUUUUUUGUGAAUGAUUGUGAAGAGUGUGAUAUUAUUUAUUGAAGAAUGAUAUAUUCGGGACGAAGCGAUAUCCAUUUUUCCCACGCUCAAGUCUUAUUGGCAGCAAAAAGCUACGUAUUCCUUUAUUACUUUACGCGCCGUUCUAUAACAUAAAUGAAUGGGUCUUUAACGAUUAUACAUGAUGCAUAUAGAGUAUGAAAAAAAAGAGAGAGAGAGAGAGAAUUUAUUUGUUGUGUGCAUGUAUGCAAGUAUAUUCAUUUCAUUUAUUGUGUGUGAUUAACGCUUACCAUAAUAUUAUAUAAUAUAAUAAUAUUAAUAUCUUGCGAGUCAAGAUAGAAAGAAGAGGGAGGAUACGAAAAUCAAAGAGUACUUGAUAAGGCUCGUUCUCCAGACUCGUCAAAAAGAGAGCCGAUGGAAAAUUAUUCGCGCUACCGGUAAUCGCGUUCGUUUGACAAUUUUAAUAAAACGAGAAAGUUAAACGAGUUAAAAAUAAAAGUGUAAAGGUCAAGUUCGGCUGUAUCGGUUAAAAAGACGCAGUCGAUUCUUCGUGUCACCAUCAAACGCCUUUGCUCGAUUGGAGAAACAUAUAAAGAAACACGAUCGCGAGUAUACGAAUGAAAAAACACAUGUGCAAAUCGCGUGUUAUCAAUACUGAUUAUGCUAAACGGGAGACUUUCGCGCGAUUAAUAUAUGUUCCUAUCUCUUUAUAAACUUUCACAAAGAGCCGGUUAACUAUAAUUUCGUUUUGUUAUAUUUUACUAUAAUCGUGCUUGUAAUCGAGAAAAAGAGUUCCUUUAGAUUUGUCUCUGAAAGAUUUCGUCUCUUUGAUUUAAUUUGAUCGCAGAAACCGACUACCCGAAGAGAGCCAGCGAGAGAAAGAGAGAGACAGAAUCACAUUGGAACAGAGAUAAUAUUCCAUACUUUUAAAACGACCUACCGCCCAUCGAAGCAGAAACGAGUCUGGAGAAAUUAAUAUCUCUAAGAUUUUCUACAUCUACCGUAUAUUGAAUUAAGAUCGAUCGCGCAGUUCUCGUAAAUGUGUAAUAGCGAAGGAUGUUUGUACACAAUCGCUAACAAUAUUAUUUAUAAGUUAUUUUAUAUAGAUCAAUAAGAGCGAGAUAUAAAUGUCGCUGUAAUAAAUAUUUAAUUGUUUGGUACAUGUUUUGUAAUAGCACCGCAAUCGAUAGUAAUGGCUUAACCCUUUCGAUAUCGGUUUUUUCUUUUUUUUAUAUACGAAAAAAUUAUAGAAUUAUAUCGGUAUUUUUAAUGCAUUUUGGUUUCUUUACAUUAAAUUAGAUUUAAUGAUUUUCAUAAUUGACACAUAUCUAUCCAUGAAAUAAUUAAUGACAAAACAAAUAUUUCGUUAUUUAUUUUUUUCUUCAUUCUCAUAAAAGCUUUCAAAUGUUACUUGAGUAUAUCGAAAUGCGAUAUCGAAAGGAUUAACAAGCAAUCAAGGUUCGUCUGGAUCGCUUAAUCUUAAUGUAUUUCAUCAUGUAAUUUUUGAUUAUUUGACUUUGUAUUGUAAAGAAUUCUUCGAGAUAUUUCGCGAAACAAUCCAUCUAAUCUAUAUUAUUCUCGAUGAUGAAUACAAUAAGCAUCAUCGGUCAUUUUUCAUUAAUAAAUGUUUAAAGAAAUAUUUAUGUAUGGUCAAGCCAUACGCAAUGUAUAUAUUUUUAA